UGGUUACCUAUUGGCAUCAAAACUGCGUUUCAGUCGCGAAAACGGCAUAAUAUUUUCAAAUUGUGAGAAUAGCACUCGUUGAGAGUGAAAAAUAGCUGUGUUAUUGCUACAAGUGUAAUUAUACAAAUUUUUAAUCGUAAUGGAUCGCAACAAUGACCGCGAACGCGGCCGUCGGCAUCGCUCCAGAUCACGCUCCCGUGAACGACGUCGUAGUCGAAGCCGUGGUGAACGGAAAGGACGGUCCCGGUCCAGAUCGCCGUAUCGCAAGGGUCGUUCUCGCCGCAGGAAGCCUUCUCUCUACUGGGAUGUUCCUCCGCCAGGUUUCGAACACAUUACACCGCUCCAGUAUAAGGCAAUGCAGGCGGCUGGUCAAAUUCCGGCAAACAUUGUAGCCGAUACACCACAGGCGGCUGUUCCGGUCGUUGGUUCCACGAUAACCCGCCAGGCGAGACGACUGUACGUAGGAAACAUUCCGUUCGGUGUAACGGAGGAGGAGAUGAUGGAAUUCUUCAACCAGCAAAUGCACCUGUCGGGAUUGGCGCAAGCAGCCGGCAAUCCGGUGCUCGCAUGUCAGAUCAAUUUGGAUAAAAAUUUUGCUUUCCUGGAGUUCCGAUCGAUCGACGAAACCACCCAAGCGAUGGCUUUCGACGGUAUUAACUUCAAGGGACAGAGUUUAAAGAUUCGCCGACCGCACGAUUAUCAACCGAUGCCCGGUAUGACCGAUUCAGCCGCUAUCGCUGUACCAGAAAAAUUCUCCGGGGUCAUUAGCACCGUGGUACCAGAUUCGCCUCAUAAGAUCUUUAUCGGCGGUUUGCCUAACUAUUUGAACGAGGAUCAGGUCAAGGAACUCUUACUUUCAUUCGGCCAAUUGAAAGCCUUCAACUUGGUCAAGGAUGCCGCGACUGGUUUGAGCAAAGGUUAUGCUUUUGCCGAAUAUGUGGAAUACACUAUCACCGAUCAGGCUAUUGCUGGAUUAAACGGUAUGCAGCUUGGUGACAAGAAACUCAUCGUUCAAAGGGCAAGCGUUGGCGCGAAGAAUUCGAACGUGGCUGCCGUGGCACCAGUGCAGAUUCAGGUUCCAGGUCUCUCACUGGUCGGUUCCUCAGGUCCUCCAACGGAGGUGCUCUGUUUGCUGAAUAUGGUUACACCGGAUGAACUGAAGGACGAAGAGGAAUACGAGGACAUCCUAGAGGACAUCAAGGAAGAAUGUAACAAGUACGGCGUCGUGCGAAGCGUGGAAAUCCCGCGGCCCAUCGAAGGUGUCGAUGUGCCCGGCUGUGGCAAGGUCUUUGUCGAGUUCAACUCGAUUGUGGACUGCCAGAAAGCACAGCAAGCCCUCACCGGGCGCAAGUUCAGUGAUCGCGUGGUUGUUACUUCAUACUUUGACCCCGAUAAGUAUCAUCGCCGUGAAUUUUAAGUUGACUAACAGAUUUUCACUUGCCUUCUGUCGGCGGCAAGUUAGCUACACCAGACUUAACAACCAGAUAGGUAUAGCACAAUAGGUCUUGUGAAUGUAAAGUUUACCUCUUAGGACAAAGGCUGCAAAACAUGGCUCAAAAACGUAUGCAAUAUAAAAUAAGAGGAGGGUUCAUUAAUUCCAAAUUAAACUACACUUGGAAAAGGCAACAUACAUCGUGCGAACAAACUUAAAGAAACUAAGCAUACAGCAAAAUAGGCACGUCAACACUCAGCAGUGUUGACUCGGUUUAUACAAAGCAAUGUUCAAAGUUUUAUUAAAAAAUCUCAUUAAUGUUUUAUCAGAAGGUAUUUUCCUAUCAUUAGCAGCAUUUCCCAUAAACUGUGCACAGUGAAAUAGCUAACAAAAUACUGACUAACAUUGGUUUACAACCCUUUACAGAAUAUCCUAAAAAUAAUAUAUAUUUAAACAAGCAAAAAAUGCUUGAAUUAAAACAACAAUGUGAACUGCAUUGAAAGUGCGUAAUUGAAAACAAUCAAAGCGGCGGCUAUAGCCACGGCAAAGGUGUUGCGAGCUGUGCAAUGAAUAUCUCGCUUUUUUCUUCAAUUUAUUCUUCUACCCAGCCGUCUGCUUGUGCCCUCUCAGACGUGGGCAGACGUAAGCAUGCUAUAAGUUAAGUUGAUGUACGAUCCGCAAUGUGAGGGCUUAACACGUCUGAUGAAAUGAUUUUACAAUUGAAUUAUUUCGCAUGGGUAAAUGCAUUCAUCCCAUUUUACGCACGGUCGUCAUUUUCCCACAGAAUAUAAUUGCUGCUGUCGAGGUGAUCUUCGGUGUUUGGUCUUGGUCUUCAACUGUAUGAUACGACCGACCCCAUCAUGUAGUUUGUGUAAUUGCAACUUUUAUUGAGCUGAAAAACGAAAAAUGUGGCGGAAUUUAAAUUUACUGAAAUAGAAUGUGCUGUAC